GGUGCAAGGUCGUAUACCGAUGUGAUUUUGAAGCCCAUUGUUUUAAAUCCCGCCAUAUGGAAACGUAUUUGCCGACUUGAUGUGAGAUUUUUUAAGUUUAUAUAGUCAUCUGACACCUGCAAUCUGAAACUAUUUCGUCCCGUGAUCUUGUUAUGAACACUUGUUUUCAAGAUGGGAUCCAAAUCUCAUCAAAAGAUAUCGACGAUCGUGAUAAUUUGUUUGAUGUUUACACUUGGAUUAGUAAAACAAACAAAUAGUCUCUCGCCAACAACUACAAUUCAACCAUCUAUUGAACAGUCGGAGCUAAUUGAUAAAUCAGACUUAGAUAAUGCCGAAACCAAAGACGCUCAAAAGUCCGAAAUUAUCAAGCAAAUAAGGCGAAUGAAUGAUGACGGAUCGUAUACGGUUGGAUACGAGGCCGUUGAUGGAACAUUUAAAAUCGAGAGCAGAGACGUACUGGGAAAUGUUAAAGGAACUUAUGGAUACGUUGACGCGAACGGCGAAAUCAAACGGGUUUCGUACACUGCGAACAAUCAGUCCAGUGGACUAAAGUCGACCACUUCUCAGCCGACCGAUCAGGAGGAAGUGGUUCAUAUACCAAGACAAAAUAAAACUGGAUUCGUUGCUGCAUCGACAACUCGUCGUCCACCAUCAUUAGCCUAUUUAACAAGUUCCCCAGCAUCGCCAACCAGACCAUCGGUGGUUCAACCGAUACCGAAGCGACGUAUUUUACUGUCUUCCAGUGAGCGAUCGCCUUACAGUCAUCAGUUUAGUUCGACGCGACAAAAUGAAUACACCACCGUAACACCGCGUAAUAACAAAGGAGAACCAACGACCACAGUCGUUUAUGCUACUUCAGUUCCAUCCUUUAAACCGCAUAUUAAUAUCCGACCAACGCCACUGCCGACCACUUACAAAACGGAACAGCUAACUCGGCCGGAUAAGUUAGAAAUUACGGAUCAUGUGUCUAAAGUGCAAAUCAAUAGUAAUCGUGAAAGUUCAACAUCAAAACCAGUGUUUGAAGCACAAGAAGAAAAAGUUAGUGAACGAAAAUCGGUACGCGGUAAUCAUUUGCGUAGGCAGCUUGCAGAUGAUCAUGAUGAAAAAUUCGAGGCUCAGCAGCAAGUCAUUUACAGUCAAUCAGCAGGUGAUGAUUCAAGUCAUAUUUAUGGUGGUGUUACAGGAACAGCAAGGCCAUUGUUUACAACAAGUUCUCCGAGAAUCCCUUCGUUGGUACUUGCUGCGAGAUCUAGAGCUGCUCAAUUACAAAACGCAAUUAAUGCACAGACUACCAGCACAACAGAAAAAGUUUAUGCGAAACCACCUAGAAGGCGACCAGAACCAGACGAUGAUGAGCAAACCACUGAAUCAACAUCCGAAAAUAACUAUAUAACGCAAGGACCUGUUCCAGUUCAAAUUCCUGCUAAUCGAGACGUUCAAGAAGCAUCAGAAGACGAUAAAAGGGUAUAUAGACGACCGGUUGUUGCCUAUCAGCCAAGAGCUCCAAGAGAAUUUUUACGUCAAUCACAACCAACAUCAGAUUUUGACUAUGGAGGACCACGACAAUUUCGACUUCCAAUACCGCAAGCUUAUCCACCGCCUCCGUAUCCACAAGGAUAUCAACGACCUGUGUACACUGAGACGCCAAGACCAGAAGCCGAACAAUAUUUACGCGAAACAAGUGCUUCGGGCCAUAAGGGAGCUGCAGCAGCUGCAACACCGGCACAAUUUCCUGCAGUUGAUCCAAACGAUCCGUAUCAAGCACAAAGAGGAAGACAGUAUCUACCUUAUCAACAACAGCGUGGCGAAAGUGGAUAUGAACAACCGUCCAUUCCUGUACCAUUUUCUCCAAACCCCUACAGUCCGUACCGACAACCAUUACCAUCGCAAUAUUAUAAUAAUCCAGAUAGACCGCUAACAGCUAGAGAUUUUGAAAGAUUAUUAAACUUGUUGGUGGUCAGACAUCAGCAGUUUGGACGCUUUAACUACAAUGGUUUUGGCGGAGGACUUGGUGGACCAGUAAAUCCGUAUUAUAGUGGUGGAUACAAUCCAUAUGGUCCUUCUCAAUUCGGCUAUCAACAAAUUCCGCGCCCACCAUUAUAUAACCCAUACGAUCCUCGAUACUCUGGUUACAACCAACAACCGGUUCCUCCAUUAUACGGUCAAUAUUCUGAGAACGAAAACAUGUAUCAACAACAACAACAACAGCCGCAACAAAUAACCGCUCCUGAUCAACAGAUUCCAUUCAUUGGUCAACGAAGCAUUCCGCGAAGGAAACCUUACGGCCAACAGUACUUUGGAGCACCAGACAAUAACUAUCCUAUUCGACCCGAAUAUACCGAGGCGUCACAACCACAGGGUGAGUAUUUGCCGUCAGAAGUGCGUGAGGAGUUACUCUAUCGAAUGUUACUUUUGGCCAUGCAUCCGAAUGAAGCCCAGGGUUCCGAGCCAGAAGCAAGUAGUCCAGAAUAUGUAGCAUCUAGUGCUGCCACAACCACAAUAGCGCCGAACAAAUUCCGAAAGCCUGUUAGAAGUGUACAAAUAUUGGGUGAGGAAUAAACACCAAAAAAAUUGUUU